CGCCAAUUAUGAGUUAGAACACAAAGUUGCAUCGGUGUAAUUUUCAGUCCUGGAAUUCAGGUGUAACAGUGUCGAAAUAGUAUCGGGUGUUUUCUCAAAUUAAUUUUGUAUUCAAAGUUUCCUCCUUAAUUAACAUAUCGGAAUGGACAAACUCAUCAAUGUUGAUUUCUUUGUUGAAUUCGAGGAAUGAAUGAUGGUUCUUGCUUUAGCCUAUGGAUGAACACGGCAUGGAAAAUGAACAUUCGGAAUGUAGAGUAAGUAAAAAACCACAUAUGUUCACGCAGUUUGUUUUGGAAUCGGUCAGACAACAACAUGUUAAAAAUUUAGAAUCAAAAAUGCUUUCUUCUAACACAGAAUAUCUGCCAACAAAAUGCAGGGUUACCAAACCACCACCACCAAAGCCAGCUGCGAAUCCUCUACAGUUCAUAAAGGUAGCACCACCUCCUCUCUUUCAGAAAGCAAAAGAGCAGAUACAGAAGGUGGAGAAGAUCAAAAAAGAAAGGAGAGAGGUGCAAGACGAAACUGAAGAUUGGCAAGCUUUUUCUAUUUCGCAGAACUUGGAUAACUGGAAGAGCAGCCGAAGGAAAUUACAAGAACAUAUUAUUGAAAGAGUGGUGGAAGUGAAGAAGUUUGAACAUCAAGACAGCGGCAGAUCAAGGCGCAGAAGCAAAACAUUCAAUGAAAUCUUAGAAGAAAGAGGGAAGUCCAAAUAUUCAAUACCGAUAUACUUGGACGAAGCUAACGACUGGAAUGAUUUUGGCAUAUCCGACUCAAGGAGUGAUAAAAGUCAGGACUCAAGAUCAAGUGAAAGGAAUACAUCGACUGUUGAUCAGUAUUCAAGUGAUGAUUCAUCUUCAAGGAAAGAUUCUUCGUCUGCAGCUGAAUAUGUUUCGAAUGCCUCUAAAUCAGAUAGUGGAUACAACAACAAUAACUACCAAUCUAUAUCACAAACGCAGCUAGAUUCUAAAGAGAGAUAUGAUAAUAACACAUCAAAAAUUGGGCAGUAUACUUACGAGGGGGCAAUAGAAGGUUAUAGGUCUAGAAUAAAAUCUAGAAUAGACGACUCAAUUCUAAAUAAAAUAUCCGAAAUGCCAAAGCGCAAUUCAGAAAUCAUUUCUGUUGUCCCUAAAGGGGAAAUUGUAAAAAGGAAGGAGUUGUUCGAUAGACAACACACAGAUGAGGAAAAUAUACCCAAGACGACAGCUCGCGUUUUGCAGGAGUUUGAAAACUCAGUUAGUAUUAAACAAAGAUUGAAAAGUUUGGAGAAAUGCAGUGAUCAAACAGUUAAAUAUGUAGAUAAUAUUAAUAUAAAGCCCAAAGUGAAGCAGAUCUCCCAACUUUUCGACAAACCGUGUACAGAAAAUAUAAGGAACGAUUACAACAAUGAAGUCACGAUGAACAACAAUGAUCACUACAUGCAACGUCGUGAAAAAGUCAAUAUAAACAUUGUUCCCUGGAGAGAUAGGGUGAGUUCAUCUGAGAACUCAGAUAUUUAUAUGUAUCCAGAUAAAAGUGAUUUGAAAGAAGUUGAGAGUCAAAGCGAUGACAAGUCUUCCGAUACAUUUUACAGUGGAUUGGAGGAUACGAACUAUCCACCUUCUGUUUCUUCAACGGAUUAUAUGGCACUUUCAUCGGAUAGAGAGGAUAGUGGCAUUCACACAGCAGACGUAUCUUGCUCUGUCAGCCAAGCCGACGAUACUGCUGAAGAAGUCGAAUCCAAUACCAAUUCGCAUGAAACUGUUAACGAUGAUUUUCAACCUGGAAAAAAAUAUUACAAAGACAUGGAAGAUAACAAUAAUCUUUAUGAAGAUCAUGUACUUAAACUAACUGAGGAGAAUGUGAACAAUCAAUCAAACAUUGAUUUACUUGAUGGUACUAACUCUCAGUAUGAACCAAGUACAAUUUCGAGCAUUUCGAAAGACAGUAUGUUUGAUUCUCCAGAUCCUCAAUCACAAAGAAUUGAGGAAAAUGCUUUGGAAGAGGUAGACUCGAUAAUAUUAAGUUCAACUGGAGCGGAAGAGUUUUCGGAGAAAGAGGUAGAAAUCAAGAAUGAAGAAUCGCAUCAACUUGAGCAUUUACCUGAUGUUAAGGAAGAAAAUACCAAAACUAUUGAUAUAAGGUGUACUGAGAAUCAACUUCUUGACAAUAUUGACUACUUAAAUAUGGUAGACCCUUUGUCACCUAUAACUAACGAGGAAUAUGUUUUUGAUCCAAAUUUUCCUCUUUUACCAACGAAAAUGGUUGAACCCCCUAAAGAGAAACCACCUCCGCCUCCAGUACUUGACGAUGAGAAACCUCAAGAUUUGAACAUUAAAAGAAUGAACUCUACAAAGAGAAUUAAAAAAGAGAUCACCCUGAAGCGAUCAAGUUUUUUAGGUUUGAAUGAUCCUAGCGAUACUGAAAGAGACCUUUUGGAAGGGAUUUCUAUUGCAGUAUCUGAAGAAGAACAAUCGAAAGUUGAAGAGAUAUUAGCAAAACAGUUGUAUGAGAGAAAAAUAAGUGAUUAUGGUAGUGCUGAGAGUCAGGACUCUGGAUUAGACAUUGACAAUAGUGUAAUCAGUAAGACAUCAACUGACGCUUCGGACAAUUCUGUUGAACUAUUGGAUAUACCAAAAUCGCAAGUUUCUGCUAUUGAAGAAGAUGAAAUAACAAAACAAGAACGUGAAAUAAUCGAGAUGGUGGAAAAAGCUGAGAAUUUUCGAGAUUUCGACAAGAAAUCUGAAGAAAGGGCACCGGAAAAAGUACAAAAACCACCAAUUCCAUCAGUCCGUACUAUACCUUCAACCACGUAUGUACCAAAGGCGGCUGAUGCCUCUUAUUAUGAUAAGAAACCUGAUUACUUGGAUGAUCAGGAUUCAGAAGUGCUAAAGGUAGAGCAGGAACUACAGCAAUUGGAACAGGAGGAAUUGAAGAGAAAACGUGAUAAUUUACUGUUCCGACAGGCUUGCUCUAGGGUUUUCGCUAAAAAUAAACGUUACUCUCUGGAAAACAUUUUCGACAACACAACUACAGCACUUGAAUGCAGAAAAUCGAUGCCGGAACUCCAAUGCUUAAAAAUCGAAAAAGAACCACCAAUUAAAACAAACAAUACAUUCAGAUCGAUCCAUGAUGUCGAUCUGAAAUUCAGGAAGUCUGUGCCAAAUAUACCUGGAUAUCUCUACACAAAUUACACCCAUCCUGCAAUAAGUGACUUUCAAACUGUUGAAACUUACGAAAACAUUUCCCAACCCAAGUUCCAACAUGAUAUCCAUCGUUCAGCCUUUGAAGUACCUGUGAGAAAACCCAUUCUACCAUAUGAUCCUGCAGGUGUUCCCAAAUAUCACAACACCAAUAAAUUUCCUCAAACUGGUCAACCAUCUUCUUUUCACUAUAAACCAACAAGUUUUAUACCGACUAAUGGAGAGCCACCACCACUUAAAGCUCGAUAUCGAAACACUAAUAGCAAUGCUUGGCGCAAAGCUCGUCCUAAUAUUGAGACUAGAAGUUAUGAUCAGCAUUGGCUGUAUCAGGAGGCUGAAUUGAGGAGACUACAAGAUCAAAAAAAUUUCAACAGCUGGCAGUAUAAACAAAUAUCUGAACCCUCAGUACCGAAUAUCUCAAAUAGAGGUCCAAUUCUCCCAUCUAAUGCAAGCUCCAAAAGCUCCAUAAGAAAGUUAACCAGUGUAAAUAAUGAUAUUCAACCAUAUGCGGAACACCAAAAUAUGGGACCUCCGUUACCAGUAAAUCAGCCUAGGCCUGUUGCUGUGGAGGAAGGUCCUAACAGGAUUUUAAGUGUUAGUGGAAAAAAGAAAUGUUCUUUUUGUGGCAAUGAGUUAGGUAGGGGAGCAGCUAUGAUAAUAGAAACUUUGUGCCUUUUCUAUCAUAUGGAAUGUUUCAAAUGCUGUGUAUGCCAUGUUCAACUAGGAAAUGGUCUAAACGGCACAGAUGUUAGAGUAAGGAACCAGAAGCUCCAUUGCCAUAACUGCUACUCUAGCGACGAUGGUGUUAAGUUCAGUUGUGUCUAACCUAUUAUCGUUUAUUUUUACUAAAAUAUCUGUUGUACAUCCAUCUGUUGGAACAAAUAUAUGUAUUAUUCGAUAAAUGUAUAUAAAAUUAGAUAUUUAUUAUUGUUAUAUUCAUUGUAAUUCUAUAGCUAGAAUUUGUAUCUAUAUACUUCUGUAUUGAAAAUAAAAGAUAAAUAACA